AUUUCAGCAAGCACUGGAUGUUGAGGAGAGGGUGACGCACCAACAACACCAACCUUCUUGUCUCUGCCGGUGCUGCGGAUCGCGACUGGGCCCCAACCGAACGAGCAGAGCAGAGGCAGGCACAUCCACAGCUAGAGAGAUAUAGACGCAGCGUGGUGCCUGGAUCAUGGCUGGGCGAGGCGGCAGUGGUGGAGGUGGAGGCGUGGGCGUCGGUGGUAUGGUGGAUGAUGCACAGUCGCGGGAGCGCAUGGAGCAACAAGCAAGACAGGAGCGACAGUGGAUGGCGCGGGCAGUGGACGUGUCUGCAGAGGCUCGAGCUGCGCUCAUAGAUCGCUUGCAGUUCAUCUGCGAUGGCGGGUUGGGAGGAUACACACAGUUUUCGCGCCGAGUCUUUGACAUCCAAGCUGACACUGCCGGGAAAAAUGGCCGACCCGUUGCUGUGACGUUGGAACGCUAUGAUGAGCGACCAGGGUCGCUGAUCCGCAACCUGGUGUAUGGCGGGGCGUGGAGCGCGGUUGCAUCUGGCCGCGUGUCCUCCCGCACGUUGGUCCGCUGUUUCUGCUCAAAGGAGGUGGAGACGCUGUUUGGCGAAUUGGGAUUCAGGAAUGUAACGCGUCGUGUCCAUGAGUCUGGCAUUGUGUUCUCCUAUCAGGGCGUCAUGCACUGCCGCAUCUUCCAAUCGAUUGAUACGAAAUCGCCAUCAGUACGCCCGUCCACAUAUGUCGUCGACGUCUCUCUCAUAUCCGCAGAUGCGCAGAACUACGAACCGCUUGAGCGAGAGUUUCUGUAUUUCAUCGGCCAGCUCGACCCCAUCGUCGCCCUCAAACCCGUCACCGCUUGAUGCAAGAUGGUGGUGGCGGUGUUGUGUGUGUGUGUGUGUGUGUGU